UCUUUCAAACAGCGCAAAACCGCGAGAAGAUUAGUAUCUUUAACAUAUAAGUCAAAUAAGAUUAUAAAAUGAUAUUGAAGUUUAUUCUAUUUACUUUGUUAAUUAUUAUACUUAUUGAUGUUUUGUCGAAGUUGUAUAAAUUUUAUGUUUUUUGUAAGACGAUUAAUAAAAUACCUGGUGAUGCAUCCUACUUCAGUAACGUAAUCAAUUUCAACAGAUUAUCUAAAGACGAAUAUCAUAAAGCCUUUUGUCAAUACACAGUUCGAUAUAAAGAAGGGAUUUAUAAAUUAUGGAUGGGAUAUAAACCAAUGGUAUACAUUUACAAGCCUGAAUAUGCAGAGGUCAUUCUCAGAAGUAGUGCAAAUAUAAAAAAACCAACUACUUAUGAUAGUUUACAGCCUUGUUUAGGGGAUGGUCUUAUAACUUCGUCUGGUUCUAAGUGGCACCACGACAGGAAAUUGAUUACCCCAACAUUUCAUUUUUCUGUACUCGAUAAUUACAUGAUAGUAAUGCUGGAAAAGAGCGAAAUUUUGAUCGAUCGUAUAGAGAAAGAAUUGGGGAAAAAUAUUGGAAAAAAUGCAGUUAAUAUUUAUCCAUUGAUUGCUGCUUUUACAUUGGAUGUUAUAUGCGAAACCGCAAUGGGCGUUAACAUACAUGCGCAGUAUAAUACAUUUACUGGAUACUCCGGUUACAUACACAAAAUGACGAAUUCUAUAUUCUAUCGUUAUUUACGUCCUUGGUUAAAACUCAAUUCGAUAUUUGCAUUGACUGCUGAAGGGAAACAAUUUUAUUCGUCGAUCAAGGAAAUACAUCGUUUUAAUAGAGAGGUGAUAAAGAAGAAAAAGGAGGCUCGUCGAGAGAAAUGCCAAGACGAGAGCGAAUUUGACGAAUUAGGUAGAAAAAAAAGGAAAUCCUUCAUAGAUAUCUUAUUAGAUAUAAACGAAAAUCAUUCUAAUCAGUUUUCGGAAAAGGAUAUGAAUGAACAUGUAGCUACAAUAAUGCUCGCUGGUCACGAUGCUAGUUCUACCGCUAUUUUUUGGACAUUGUUAUGUUUGGCAACCGAGCCUGAAAUUCAAGAUAAGGUUUACGAGGAACUGAAGGUUGUAUUCGACGAUUUGGACGGUCCAAUUACGAUGAAUACAAUUUCCCAAUUGAAAUAUUUGGACAGAGUGUGCAAGGAAACUUUAAGGCUCUAUCCAGUAAUACCUGAAUUUUCACGACAAAUAACAGAAGAAAUAACGAUAGAAUAUCAUAAAGUCUUCUGUGAAUACACAGUUCGAUAUAAAGAAGGGAUUUAUAAAUUAUGGAAGGGAUAUGAAGCAGUAGUAUACAUUUACAAGCCUGAAUAUGUAGAGGUCAUUCUCAGAAAUAGUACGAAUAUUUCCAAAGCAACUACUUACGAUAGCUUUAAGCCUUGGUUAGGCGAUGGUCUUAUAACCUCGACUGGUUCUAAAUGGCACCACGACAGGAAAUUGAUUAACCCAGCAUUUCAUUUUUCUAUACUCGAUAAUUACAUGUUAGUAAUGCUGGAAAAGAGCGAAAUUUUGAUCGAUCGUAUAGAGAAAGAAUUGGGGCAAAAUAUUGGAAAAAAUGCAGUUAAUAUUUAUCCAUUGCUUAUUGAUUUUGCAUUGGAUGUUAUAUGCGAAACCGCAAUGGGCGUUAACAUACAUGCGCAGGAUAAUACAAUUACUGGCUACCCCGAUUACGUACAAAAAGCGGGGAAUGCUAUAUUUUAUCGUAAUUUUCGUCCUUGGUUAAAACUCGAUUCGAUAUUUGCAUUGACUGCUGAAGGGAAACAAUUUUAUUCGUCGAUCAAGAAAAUACAUCGUUUUAAUAGAGAUGUGAUAAAGAAGAAAAAGGAGGCUCGUCGACAGAAAUGCCAAGACGAGAGCGAAUUUGACGAAUUAGGUAGAAAAAAAAGGAAAUCCUUCAUAGAUAUCUUAUUAGAUAUAAACGAAAGUCAUUCUAAUCAGUUCUCGGAAGAGGAUAUGGUUGAACAAGUAGCUACAAUAAUGUUUGCCGGUCAUGAUACUAGUGCUAGCGCUAUUUUUUGGACAUUGUUAUGUUUGGCAACCGAGCCUGAAAUACAACAUAAGGUUUACGAGGAACUGAAGGUUGUAUUCGAUGAUUUGGACGGUCCAAUUACGAUGAAUACGAUUUCCCAAUUAAAAUAUUUGGACAGAGUGUGCAAGGAAACUUUAAGGCUCUAUACAGUAGUACCUCUCUUUUCACGACAAAUAACAGAGGAAAUAACGAUAGGUCAAUACGUAAUUCCGAAGAAUACAGAAUUGACAAUUCAUGUUCAUGGUUUGCAUCACGAUCCCGAAAUUUGGCCGGAUCCGGAAAAAUUUGAUCCGGACAGAUUUUUAACCAAUGAAACGCAAAAUAGACAUCCUUAUUCAUAUAUACCGUUUAGCGCCGGACCAAGAAAUUGUAUCGGGCAGAAAUUCGCGAAUCUAGAACAUAAAUUGGUUAUAGCAAUAUUAUUGAAAAAAUGGAUGGUCAAAUCUUCGAUUUUACGAAAGGAUAUCAGAAUGUAUCAUUCUGUCGUUUUACGACCAUUUGGUGAUGUAUAUUUACGCUUUAUACCGAGGGAAUGAGAAGUCCACAGAAAGAGA